ACCUAGGCUUUGUCCUCUGUGCCUAAACUUUUAAGAGUUUAAAAACAUGUCCUUCAUUAUUCCGAUUUAAGUAACACAGUCACGUCACAUCGGUGUACUUCCUGAAAGGGGCGGGGUAUAACGAGCAGGAGUUCCUGCCAUGUCAUUUGAAAUGAAAGUGAGCGCUUAGUUGAGGAAGAUGUAAGGAGCUCUAAGGCUCGGCUCUUUCUGAAGGUCUCUACCUGUUCAGGUAAACGUGCUUCACUGCCUGGCCUUGCCCCUAAAGCGCUGAGGCGCAUAAAUCUGCAGGGGAUUAGUGACGUGGUGACAGGAAAGUUGUUAUGACGACACGGUAGGAAACCGCAGCGCGUCCAGGUAACAAUCACCUGUUCAUGGCAAGUCAAGCCUGGCUGGAUUCUUCCCUGCGGCGCUCAGGCAGACUGGGCUUGGAGGUGUUGGAGCGAGCCUCCAGGCGCAGUGUUGACUGGGCAAGCAAUGGUGCAUCCCAGACCCCCACAACAUCUGAUGAAAAUGCUCAUGUAGCUGCCAAGAGAACCCGUGAGCUUCAUGAUGCCUUUGCAACUAUUGCAGAGUUCAUGGCACAGACGAGCUAUCACUGCAAGAAGUUUUACGAGUCUGGCUGCUGCACUGAACCCAGUGAUGCCGAAAAGAUCCACGUGUCCAGGUUCCACACACGGCCCGGACCUGGGCGGACAACAUCUGCACUGCCAAGAAGAAAACAUUGCCCUGUCUGUACAACAGGUGAAGAUUUUUACAUCGAGGUGUCACCUGGAACAUACGCCAUCACUGCCAGUUUGCCAGAUUCACAGCGACAGACUCAGCUGGUCAGCGUGAAACCCGGAGAGAGUGUCGACCUCACCUUUAACCUUUGACAUCUCAGCAGGCCCACCUGCCAGCACUGAGCUUUAAUAACACAUCUGACCCAUGUUAAGGCUGCAUGUGUGCUUCCUGCUUUACAUAGACCUCUUCUCUGAAUCUCUGCUUACAGUGCUGCUUUCAUAUUGAUCUAUUUUUUUUUUUGCUUAUGGAAAAGCCAUAAUAAUGGACAUUUGUUAUGGUAUGCCUGUUACUCAGAGAAUCAAACUUUUACCCAAGAUCAUGUAGGUAUUUACGAAUUCUAUAACCAGCGAUGCUGGAACGGUAUUUUAUAAUAAAGUAUAUAUUUUUUCACUA